AUGGGAGGACUAGCGAUGCAUGGUUAUGGGAAAGAGUGUCUUGACCUUUUUACCCUUAUGCAACAAGAAAAAAUCGCACCAAAUGAGGUCACUUUCACUUCAAUCUUAAAGGCUUGUAGUGUAGCGGGUCUUGUGGAAGAAGGUUGGAAGCAUUUUGAAUCUAUGACAAAAGAGCAUGGGAUUGUGCCAACACUUGAGCAUUAUGGAUGUAUGGUUGAUUUAUACGGCCGAUUGGGCCAUUUGGAUGAAGCGUUACGCUUCAUCCAUAGUAUGCCAUGUGCACCCGAUGCUGAAGGAUGA